UAGCUUUAUCCCGUGGGCCGUCAAUGUCAUAUCCGGAAAACCGUACAGUUAUAAAGUCCAGUGUUUCGUUUCAGAGAAAUCUUGAUAAACUUCUUUGUAUAAAUGCACAGGAGUCCAGAUGAAGAACAGGAUGAGUGUCUCGUGCUCUCAGAUCAUCUGGAGAGUUUGUAAUUUAUUCAUGUCAGUGUUUUUCUCGCUGGCAACUUAUGUGCAGAUAAAUGAUCCGGAUGCUGUUUUGUGGAUGGUCGGUUAUUCAGUUCCAGCUGGACUGUGUUUUCUGCUUUUCUGUCAACCACAAAUAACAGAGUCACGCUUCUGGAGGAGAAUAGCUGAUCUGCAUGUGCUUGUAUCCUCUACGUUCGGAGUCAUUCUGGGCUGGAAACUUUAUAAAGAGGGAAUUACAGACAUUUUCCAGCAAGAGGAAGGAAGGGAAUGUUCUGGACUCAUGCUGACGGUCUUCUGGCUGCUGUUGUGUCGACAUUCAGGAAGGAGUUCUGUGGGCUCUGUGAGGAUCUGCACUGCUGUGGGAAUCACUGUGUUUCCCUUCAUCACAUGGAUCUAUUACUACAUGAACACAGAGCUGAGGAAACACUGGCCUGAACACUGUACGACUGCUCUCUGAGGAGAAGAACAACACUCGAGAAACCACAUCUCAACUCGGGAUCAGCAGGACAUACAGAUGAACUAAACCUGGAAAAUCACUUCUGUUUGUAGCUGUUGUGUCUUUAAAUGGACUUAUACUUUGGCACAAAAUGACUGAAAAGAAAUGUUGAAUAAAUAAGCUUUUAACAUUGCAAAAUAGACUCUCCAGACUGUUGAAGUUGGUUUACGGCUAGGAUCAGGUAGUCUACAGCUAAUUACAACUAGUCUUAAAAGCAAAUCAUCAUUACAUGAAUGUAAAAAAAUAUGAUUCCACAAUUAGCAAUUCAUUUAGAGCUACUUAAAAAAAACAAUUGUGUUGUGCCUAAUGAAAGGGAGCUUUGCAAAGACACACAGACUCCUUGCACAAGGAGGGCAUAACAUAAAAGCUCAUUACAAAAGAGACUGGCUGUUCACAGAGUUCUGUGUCCAAGCACAUUAAUAGAGAGGGGCAAAUAAAAUACA